AUGUUGUCCAACAAUAGGAUCCUGCAACACUUCAAUCGCCAUCUCGGCAUUGCCUUCGCCGUCAUUGCCAUCUCAACAUUCAACUACGGAUUUGACAAUGCAGCCUACAACAACACCCAAGCCAUGGAGGCUUUCCAGGCUCAAUUUGGCGAAUGGGAUGCCGACGCUGGAAAGUACAGCAUCCCUCCUUCAUGGCUCGCCCUGUUCAACAGCUUGAACUAUAUCGGUUUCGGUGCCGGCGUUAUCAUUGGUAGUCUGGUCAGUGAGCGUUGGGGUCGAAGAUGGUGCAUGUUUGCCAUGAGUGCCUGGGCAUUGGUCCCUGCUAUCAUGGCCGUGACAUCUGUCAGCAAGCAUCAAAUCAUGGCCACCAGAAUCCUCAACUACAUCUAUAUUGGCAUGGAACUCGCCGUUGUUCCCGUCUACCAGUCCGAGAUUAUGCCACGCGAAAUUCGUGGAUUUGCUGUUGGAUCAUACCAAUUCAGCUUGAUGUCCGGCACCCUCAUUGUCGCAUGCGUCUGUAGAGGCACAAGCACUCUAUCCGGUAACCUCUCGUUUCGAAUCCCCUUCGGCCUCUUCUUCAUCAUCCCUGUCUUCGUCAUGUGUGCUAUCUUCUUCAUUCCAGAGUCUCCACGAUGGUUACUCACUAAAGAUCGAACCGAAGAAGCACGAGCGGCGCUUGGAAAACUACGACUAGGAAAACAGACCGAAGCCGAGAUUGACGAGCAGUUCGCUGCUCUCCAAUACGCGCUAGAACAUGAGCCAGAGCAGGGAAAUUACUUUGAGCUCUUCCAGGGAAAGAAUCUCAAGAGAACUGGUAUCGUUGUCGCCAUGAACUUUUUCCAGCAGGCCACUGGUCAAGCAUUUGCCUCGACAUAUGGUGCAAUCUUUAUUCGAGAUAUUGGAACUGUCAACCCUUUUACAAUGACCAUUGUCAAUGCAGUCGUCAACCUCUGCUCUGCCUUUGCUGGUCUCUAUCUUGUUGAUCGGGCUGGUCGCCGCCCUCUAUUGCUGACUAGUGCUGGAUGGAUGUUCGCAGCAAUCAUCACCAUGGGAGCCCUGGGAACUGUAUCCAAUCCAUCCUUCGGCGUCAAAUCCGGCAUUGUUGCUAUGCUCACACUAUUCGGUUCUGGCUUCACUUUUGCCUUUGCACCCCUGAACUAUGUCAUCACUACUGAAAUACCUGCUCUCCGUCUUCGAGACGCCUCACAGCGAACUGCCUCCAUAGUUAACGUUAUUACCAACUUCCUUGUCAGCUUCAGCAUUCCUUAUAUGCUCUACGAUCAAUACGGCGGCUUAGGAUCUAAGGUCGGAUUUGUCUUUGCGGGUAUUCUCGCAUUAGCCAUCUUCUUUGUUGUCUUUUGCAUUCCGGAGUGCAAGGGCAAGUCACUUGAGCAGAUUGAUCGCAUGUUCAAUGAAGGUAUUGCCCUUCGCAAGUUCGGCAAGUAUAAGCCCGAGGAGAUGACAGGUGACGUGGAGGAAAUGGGAGAGAAGGGUGGAAAGGAAGCCGGUUCCAUUGUGGUGAAUCAUCGGGAACAGUUAUAG